GAUAACCGCACUUGUUCACCCCAAGGGUUACCUGUGACACCCUCGCAAUGACAACAGGGCCCAGCGGAAGGGGGCCACGUAAAGGGAGUUUGGAUGAUACCAUAGCCGGCAAAUAGUGUAAAAAAAAAAAAGUUCCUGUGAUUGUACUAUUUUGGAGUUUCCUUUGGAGUUACCUGUGCUGUGAUCGAUCGGAGAAUAAGCGAGUUAAACAGCUCCACGGAUCGGUGCAUGAAACUAAGAGUCGGGCCGCAAUGAGUCGGAGAACGAGACGCUGGAUUUUAAGAGUUUUACUUUGUUUGGGAAUUGUUUAUUUGAAAAUUGGUGGCUUCUCCUCCGUGGUGGCCCUAGGUGCGAGCAUAAUCUGUAACAAGAUCCCCGGUUUGGCCCCCAGACAGCGGAUUAUCUGCCAGAGUCGCCCCGAUGCCAUUAUCGUCAUCGGAGAGGGAGCCCAAAUGGGCAUCAACGAGUGUCAGUUUCAGUUCAGAAACGGCCGCUGGAACUGCUCCGCGCUGGGGGAGAGGACAGUCUUCGGAAAAGAGUUGAAAGUGGGCAGUAAAGAAGCUGCGUUCACCUACGCCAUCAUCGCAGCAGGGGUUGCCCACGCCAUCACAGCAGCAUGUACGCAGGGAAACCUGAGUGACUGUAGCUGUGACAAAGAGAAGCAGGGGUUCUACAGCAAAGAUCAGGGCUGGAAGUGGGGAGGCUGCUCAGCAGACAUCAGCUACGGCCUGGGAUUCUCCAAAGUAUUUAUCGAUGCUCGGGAGGUCAAACAGAAUGCAAGGACUCUCAUGAACCUUCAUAAUAAUGAGGUGGGACGCAAGGUUUUGGAGAAGAACAUGAGGCUGGAAUGCAAGUGUCAUGGCGUCUCGGGCUCCUGCACCACCAAAACCUGCUGGACUACACUUCCCAAGUUCCGCGAGCUCGGCUACAUUCUCAAGGAGAAGUAUGCCCAAGCUGUGCACGUGGAACCAGUCAAAGCCAGCCGCAACAAGCGCCCCAAAUUCCUCAAGAUCAAGAAGCCUUACUCGUACCGGAAGCCCAUGGAUACAGACCUGGUGUACAUUGACAAGUCGCCCAACUACUGCGAGGUGGACCCUGUGACGGGGAGUCUGGGGACGCAGGGCAGGGUGUGUAACAAGACUAUGAUGCAACACAUCAGUGGCUGUGACCUGAUGUGCUGCGGUCGAGGAUACAACACACACCAGUACUCUCGCGUGUGGCAGUGCAACUGUAAGUUCCUGUGGUGCUGCUACGUGAAGUGCAACACGUGCAGUGAGAGGACAGAGGUGUACACAUGCAAAUGAGGAUAUUUAUUGGACAGUGUGUGAUGUCUGAGAGGUUCAUGUCUGUUUUCAUGGACAAACUGGAACAGCUGGACUCCACAGGAAGGCUGCUAUACAGUCUUUUACAUCCACAUUGAGGAACUACUGUACUGUGUGUACACUAAGCUGAAGAUGGGGCGUCAUGAUUCUUUAUUUUGCACACAAAGCUCUUCAUGGACAGUUGUGUUCUUUGGGAUGCAAAGCUGACAAAGUGACUAAAGGGAAAACUGCCUCCUGGAGUGUUGGACUGAAGCGAAUAUGGAGACUUUAUGCUACAUGGACAUGUUGAGAAAACAGAUGCUGCCAGUGCAGAUGAAUUAUGGUGGAUGUGAUUGCUGGGCAGGACACGCUGCUGUACUUCUGGCUCUGUGCACAGAUGACAUGACACGGCCAUUUGGAAUAUUUAACACACUGUAUUUAGAGAAUGAAAAUAAUUAAUAUUAAUUUAUUCUUUAAGAACUACUGAUUUUGUCCGUUAAGGAUCAAAAGUAACUUAGUGUUGGGAGGUUUUAGUUGGUUAAAUGUAUCCACAGUUAUCACUGGAUUUGAAUCUGCCUCGUGGUUUUAGAAUAAUGUUGCUCCAGAUGAAACUGCUGUAGGCUACUCACACUGACCUCCUGACCCUCUCCUGAGUUUGUCUUCCCUCUGUUUGCUGCUAGUCUCCAGAAUUGUUGAGGUCGAAUGCUGUACGCUCUGCUGACUGCCUUCAAUGGCAUUGCUGACUUCAGGCCGAUUUAGCUUAACAGGUCGUAUUCACAGAUCAAAAACAUGGGCACAUUUUCCACUUUUGGUAAAUAUUGGUGAAUAGAGUAUAUUUUGUAAAAGCCUAUUUUUAUAUGAAUGUCUUAUUUAUAUCUUUUGCAUACUCAUUGUCAAGUUCUGACCCUGACACCUGUUUUUAAACCCCUGUGAACAAGAAAAGCUGAUAUAUGUAAGUUGGCCCCUGCUGUCACUGCCAUAGAUGUAUAUUGUAAGUGAUAGGAAUUGUUUAUAUGUGUCUGUGUUCAAACAUCUGUGUUUACUGCGUUUCAUGACUACUACUGAUGGAAUACAGGA